AUGGCUCGGAGCAUCACCUACAUCACCGGUUCUCAGCUUCUUUCUCUCCGCCGCCGCUCAAAUAUCGCCGUCGUCGACGUCAGGGACGAUGAAAGGAGCUUCGACGGUCACAUAGCUGGUUCUCUGCACUUUGCCAGUGAUACGUUUGCCGAUAAAUUGCCUGAUCUUGUUGAAGCCACCAAGGAUAAGGAUGCUCUUGUUUUCCACUGCGCCCUAAGCCAGGUUCGUGGCCCCAAAUGCGCCCGUAGGUUUGCUGAUUAUCUUGCUAACACGGAGGAUGUGGGAGCGCAAAACAUCAUGAUUUUGGAACGUGGUUACAACGGUUGGGAAGCUUCUGGAAAGCCCGUCUGCCGCUGCACAGAGGCCCCAUGCAAAGGCGAGUGUUAA